AUGAGUACAUCAACUACAAAUGAAGCAAAAUCCGAACAAAAUGUUCGAGUUUGGAUGGAUGGUUGUUAUGAUAUGGUGCAUUUUGGUCAUGCUAAUGCUUGUCGACAAGCAAAACAAAUGGGUACUUACUUAAUUGUUGGCGUCCAUUCUGAUGGGGAAAUUACUAAACAUAAAGGUCCACCAGUAUUUACAGAGCAAGAACGAUAUAAAAUGGUUCGUGCUAUUAAAUGGGUNUACAAGAAUAGAAAAGUAAACAUUGUCUGA